GACACCAAAUGUAAACGAACAAUUUGACGGUGCCUGUGGUGCUUUUCUCUCUAAACUAAUUACAUUUCGACGUUACAUUUGCAACAUUUUGGUUGUCUACGUUGUCCAAUAGCUGUAUUUAUUGGCAACCUUUUCGGGAAAAGGAUGGCUCUAUCGUCAUCUCAGCAAGUUGUCAUCGCAUUCACAGUUGUUCUGUUUGCAUUUGUGGUGUUCCCCAAAAUGUUUGGAGGUGGAUCAGGAAUAAGAGACAGCUCCAAGGCGUUUGAUCAACGACACGGAAGAAAAGGUCCAGGACCCGGGGCUUUGAAGGGGCAACACUUUAACAUGAACCCUGGCUCGCACGCCAGCCAUCACGGCCAUCAGACUGCAGAGAGCCUACAGCAGAUGCGGAAGAUGGUUGAGCAGGAGAUGAAGAGCGACAAGUACAAGUCCACCAGCAACAACAACAAGGGCUACGUCUUCACACUCAUGCCCAUGUAUGCCAUUGGCGUAGGGCUGUUUGCUGUGUACAAAUUCAUGAAGAUCAAAUCAGCUGAUGAUGCACAAGCCCAAAAAGAGAAGGUCACGAAAGGGGCCAAGAAGUCUCAGGAAACAGAGAGCCAGUUGAACGAGUUGGAGCAGCGGUUGGCCCAAACGGAGAGAAUGCUGAACUCCAUCCUCACCCAACUAGACCCUUUGACAAACUGUGUGAAGUCAGUUGCCAUGGACCAGAAGAACGAGAUCAUGUCUCAGCUCCAGUGUAUCCGUCAGCUGAUGAAGAAGAGAGGCAUGGAGUGUCCUCCACUCAACAUAGAAGAACCGGCCUGCCAGAAGAACCUGGAUGAGCUCAUCGAGACCCUGGCAGCACAGCAACAGAAUGUUCCAGAAGCCGAACAGGAGGCGGAACAGGCACUAGAACAGGAAGAAGGAGGAGACACGGUUCCAGAAGUAAAUGCCUCUGACCUAGUGAAGACGUCAGGAGGAGAGAUGGAUUCUGAGGCGAUUGCUGCUGUGGACACAGAGGAGCAGGGAGAUGGAGAGAAGGAAAUGAGGGAAGAAAAGGAAAAGGAAGAGGGAGAGGGAGAGGAAGAGAAUGACCACAGCAUGCCCUUGCUGGAGGAGUGUUGUGACAUCUCUGUAGAAAACAUUGGAGCCGUGUCUGGGAAUGAUCUAGAGCGGUCUUCACCCGUGUUGCGAAGACGCAACAGGCCAGAGUGAAUAGCAUUGCUGUCUUCCAAACAAUAUUUAUUUAUUUACUAUUUAUUUUGUCCUCUUUAGACAUUAUUUCAAGAAAUCUUGUCUGUGUGUGUGUCUAUGAAAUUCUUCGUUUUUACUAUAUAUACAUAUUUCACACUACUUUGAUAUUUUGUUUGGUCCUUUAAAAAAAAAAAGAAAGAAGAAAAUUGGCCCUUUUCUGUCUUAUUCACGUUAACAUUCUAGAGCUUUAUAUUUUGUCUCAACAUUUUACCUCAACAUACGACAUCAUUCAAUAAUGCCACUUAUUUUGAGUAGUGAACUGAAAUCUUGAUGGUAUGUGCACGCCUUUUAAGUCACAUUUCUUUUGUAAUUAACCAAUAUGAGCAUUACACUUGUAAAUCUGAGCAUGUGAAGUGUGACCAUGCCCAAUGUCAUGAAAGUUCAAGAAGGCUUUUCAAGUCUUCAUUUCUCAAUAACUUAUUUGAGGUGAGUGAAAAUCAUUCUGCCAUUUCAUUUCAUUAACUGUUAUCGAUACAAAUGUCUUUCUCAUGUAAUAAUGUUGGAAUCCCAGAACUAUUUUUUAAUGCAUGGAGACAAUCGUUUAUCUUUGGUUUUUACAUGUGCAUUACUACACUGUCUUUCUGACAUAUAAGCUUUAAGCAGCCUGACGCUGGUCUCUGAGUUGUGUACGUCAGUCUGUAGGUUGUGUACAACAGUUUUUCCUGUUCAUGUCUCAUUGGUGAAUGCAAUUCGUCUAACCAGACUGAUUUGCAUGUCUCUUCUGUUCUAGAAGUUGAUUUGCAUUGCUUGAAAAAACAAACAAACAAACAAAACAUAUAAACUGUUUGUUAAGGGCAUGCUUCCUCAGUGAAUGUUGUAGACAAAACUUCCACCUCCUGGUCCUGUCCGGCAAUAUGUUCUCACGAAUUUGCAAAAAAGUGCAAAAACAUAUCUGUACAACAUAUAUACACCUUUUCCCCCUUCUUUUUUUCUUUCUUUUUUAAGUUUUUCUAAGGAUCUGAACUCAGGUGAUUGGCCUCUUUUGGCUGGACUGGAUGUUAAGUUGAUAUGUCUAAAGAGUGAAGGAGAUUUUACUUUUUUUCGUCCAAAUGUCUGUGAUCAAAUCCUUGUGGAACCAGCUAUUUCACAAUUUGACAACUGAUAACUCACCAAUGUUGUUGGUCAACACAAAUUCCAACAAUAAAAUAAUUCUCUGUAUUUUUUUUUUCAAGUUAAGCUGAGCGCAUCAUGUUUUGAAAUACAAUGUGACACCUUUUGUGCAAUGCUGCCCAAAGUGUAGUUUUCAGAAUUUCCUUGUUAGAACUCCUAGUCAAUUAUUUCAUCGUUGUACUGAAAUUGCGGGGAGAUUUUUAUGCUUUUGAUAUUGAGAAGCAAGCGAUUACUCGCAUGACUGAGUCUAUUUCCAGUCUAAACAAAAGUUGACUGAAAUGCAUUUUAUUGCCUUUUGGCUUAGUACAGCUCUGCUCUUCACUGUUGUCUGCAUGAAUUCACUUGGUCUCAUAGACAGCUUGGAGUGUAAAUACUGUAGGCCUAUUGUAUGUGUCCCUGUGUCAAGCUCUCUUAGACUGGAGAUAGGAGGUGGUAGUGCCACUACUAAUCUGGUGUUGUCAUGUGUGAAGUGUACGUUUCAAUGUGCUUAUGUGACAAAUAGUACUUAAGCCUUAUGUGAAAUAAUGUUGUUUUUUUUCUGCUGUCCUAAUUUGUAGCCUUUUAUUUGUUUGUUUUGGUCUAAAUGUCUGUUUCAGGAAUGUAUGGAAUGGUGCCCUGAAGUACUCAAAUCAGAACUUAAGUCACUGAAUACAGAGAUGAAGGAGUAUUUGUCUUCCAUUGCUUACAUAAUACUAACUUGUAUAAGGAGUUUCUGUUACUUUGAAGGAUUGAUAAUCAUGUCAAAUAUUAUACUGAGGUAAUCUUCCAUUUUACUCUUCUACGGUAUAUUGUUUUUUUGUUCACCUUUUGUUUUAUGUGGAAACUUAAUUGAAGACACUUUUGUUGUGGUGUUGUGCACCUCACCUUUUAUUUUCCACAGGCUGUAAUGUUCAGUUUUAUAUAAAUGGUAACGACGGUGAAUAUCAUUCAAGACAAGAGAACAUACUGUAUGCCUUACUUUAAUACAAAAUUAUGCAAAUCUG